AUGGCAGCUGAGGGGGAGAGGACAGCUGGCGAGGGCAAGCUCGUGUCGAAAAUCCUAGUAGAUGCCCUGGCCGGCGUGCCUCUGCCCGUGCCCUGGGAGGCAGCAGAGGAGGAUGGUAGGUCCUACUUCACCAAUUCCGGCACCGGCGAGUCCACAUGGGACCAUCCGCUGUCCCCCCAGCUGGCGGAGCUCUCGUCGCUGGCGCUGCGAUGCCUGGCGUUGAAGCCCAGGGAGCGGUGGCAGGCGGCAAAGCUGCUGCGGCAGCGCUUUCAGGCAGAAGCAGAGAAAGAGUACCGGCGCUGGUACGCUGCCGAGGAUGACUCGGGCAACUGCUACUUCUGCAACCGUGACACCUCCGAAACGAUGUGGGAACACCCCGCGGCGGUGGUGCUGCCGCAGUUCUACCUCAGAAUAAGGUGCGCUGAGCUGUUGCAGAACAACGAGUACCUGAAAGGCUCCGAGAGCGGCCUGAAGGCGGCAGAACCCAGCCGACUCAGCCGCACGCUCUCAAGUCUCAGGGCCAACAUAGGCUUGCGGCGCCUGAAUUCUUUGGACCUCUCCGAGGCGAGCUGCAUCUCCGCUGGCUCUUGUAGCACAGUUUCCUUCAACACCGACUUGGAGGGAGCCUUGUUCUCAGAUGACGAGGAUGAGGACCGGUCCGAGUCGGACGGCGAGGCGCAUCAUCGCUUUGAGGUGUUGGUUCCAUUGGCCACUCUGUGCAACAUGAGGAGACGCCUGGGAGACCCGGCCUAG